AUGUGGAGGUCAGAGGACGGCGUGCAGGAGGCAGAGGGAAGUGCCCAGCCCAAGUUGCCUCAUCGUCUUGCAAGUUCUUUCCCAACUCUGAACCGGGCAGGCUUAAGAGGGGCCAGAUGUUCAGUCCAGACUGUGGGGGACCUGAUCAUCUUCCUUUCUGAUUCAGAGCACCGGCCACCAGGCCUGCACGAAGACUCUAUGGAUAAUGAGAAACUGACAACCAAGGACUCGGUGAACAGAGAAGAGAUGGGAAACCAGCCAGAAAGAGGCUUCUGCCUCCCCCUCCCUCCUCACAGCAGCCCCUCCCCAGACGUCAGGCUGGACAGGAAGAGCCCUAGUCCCUUGACCUUCUGGCCCUGGCUUCCCCCCACUGUCGUCUCCAAGGAACUCCCUCUCCACAUCUACCCAGUCUUCCCUGGGUACCCACUUCUCUUGCCUCCCCCUUACCUAUUCACUUAUGGGGCCCCACCCUCUGUCCAGUGUCCGCAACUCCUCAUGCUGUCCCCAGACACCUCGUACACCACCAUGGCCACAUCCAGCUUGCUUACGACAGCCAAUGGUGCUGGACCCCAUAUCACCCAGGAGAAGCCCCCGCUUCUCACCUCAGGGGCUUCCCAGAGUGCUGGACACACCCUGCACUCCCAGGUCAGGAGUCAGAGCUUUAGAGAUACCUCAUCCUUCUCCCCAGGACAGGCUGGUGUGGCAGCUCCUGCAAAGCGGCCAGGCUCCCAGGCUGGUGUUCUAGCCCUGCCCUACCCUCUGAAGAAAGAGAAUGGUAAAAUCCUAUAUGAGUGCAAUGUGUGUGGCAAGAACUUUGGGCAGCUCUCCAACCUGAAGGUCCACCUGCGUGUACACAGUGGGGAGCGUCCAUUUCAGUGUGCCCUGUGUCAGAAGAGCUUUACCCAGCUGGCCCACCUGCAGAAGCAUCACCUGGUACACACCGGAGAGCGGCCCCACCAGUGCCGGAUAUGCCACAGACGCUUCAGCAGCUCCAGCAACCUCAAGAGCCACCUUCGCCAGCACUCGGGUGCCCAGCCGCUUCAGUGGAGCAUCUGUUCCGGUCACUUCACUCCGCAUGUCCACCUGAAGCUGCACCAUAGGCAGCAAGCUCCUCGGGCCCUGGCCCACCCCCACCUGCCCCUCGCCUCUCUCACCUGCCUUACCCAGUGGCACCAAGGAGCACUAGAUCUUGUGGCAGCAUCAUCAGAGAAGAUGGGCUGGGAUGUGGGCAAGGUCAAGGUGUCCCCAGUGUCGGGGAAGGCAAGGGCAGCCGGGCUGAGCAGUGGUCUGAUGGACAAAGAGCACCUGGAAGUCACCGGAGAAUGA